GCUCGGAGCGUGCGGCCGCCCCAGCCCGGCCCGGCCCAGCCCGGCCCGGCCGCGCUCGGGGGACCCGCGGCCGAGCGGGGCCAUGCGGGGCCGGGCUCCGCUCCGCUCCCUCCCGCUCCGGCUGCUGCUGCUGCUGCUGCUGCUGCUGCUGGGCUCGGCGCGGGCCGCGGCCGCUGAAACUUCUCUCCAUUUGCCAGCACCAAAAAAUGUGGAGGUUCAUUCCUACAACUUCCAGAGUUUGCUGAGGUGGUCUCCUGUCCCAGUGGAGAAUGGCUCGGUGUUAUACACGGCCCAUUACAAAACAUUGUUCUACGACACCUGGAGCGGGAUGGGCUGUGCACAGACCCCCCAGACGUGGUGCAGCUUCCCCCCCGAGCUGCGGCGGCGGCGGCGCUGGACGAUCCUGCUGCGGCUGCGGGCCGAGCUGGGCCCGCGCGCCUCGGCGUGGGUGCACACCCCUCCCUUCGUGGCAGAGACAAACACCACUCUGGGCCCCCCGAGGGUGAACAAUGUCAGUGCCAGCCCUGACUCUCUGCUCCUCAGUGUCAGCCCCCCCUUCCCCCCUGAGCCUGGGGACCUCCUCCAGUACCUCGUGUCCUACUGGGAGAACACCACCAGUCCCACAGAAAAAAAGCUAAGUGAAAGCAAGACACUAUUCCAAAUUGGAAAUCUAAAGGAGUCAACACUUUAUUGCUUCAGCAUUCAAGUGCAGUUGAAGAUCUACUCAGGUCACUUGUUAGAAGGGCAGCAAAGUGCCCCAGAGUGUCACAGAACUGCCCUCAGUGAGGCAACCCGAGAUGGGUACCUCAUCCUGUUUCUCCUGGGGUUCGUGGUUGUAAAUCUGGUGGUAGCUGCUUUCCUGUUCCUCUGGAAACGCCGCCAAAAAAUCAAAUACUGGGCUCAGCCACCUCUGGAAAUCCCAUCCCACUUCAAGGAGUUCCUGAGGGACCCUGGCUUUGAUGGCUUGGAGGAGCUGUACAGUCCUGCUGAGGAGGAGCCCCAGGCUCUUGUGCUUGGAGAAGGAGGUGGCCAGGAGGGUGAGGAUCCUUCACCCAACACCUCCAGGGCCAGGGCAGUGAGUGUCACCUGCCCCAGCACUGUCCAGAGGCUGCUGGCAGGAGAGUCCUGAACACAGAGUCUGGGGUCACAGGAGAGCCCUGAACAUGGACCCUGGGAUCACAGGAGAAUCCUGAACAUGGACCCUGGGAUCACAGGAGAGCCCUGAACAUGGACCCUGGGAUCACAGGGCAUUCCCUGGGGACACAGGAGAAUCCUGAACACAGAGCCUGGGGUCACAGGAGAAUCCUGAACAUGGACCUGGGAUCACAGGAGAAUCCUGAACAUGGACCCUGGGAUCACAGGAGAAUCCUGAACAUGGACCUGGAAUCACAGGAGAAUCCUGAACAUGGACCUGGAAUCACAGGAGAAUCCUGAACAUGGACCUGGGAUCACAGGAGAAUCCUGAACACAGAGCCUGGGGUCACAGGAGAGUCCUGAACAUGGACCUGGAAUCACAGGAGAAUCCUGAACAUGGACCUGGAAUCACAGGAGAAUCCUGAACACAGAGCCUGGGGACACAGGAGAAUCCUGAACACAGAGCCUGGGGUCACAGGAGAAUCCUGAACAUGGACCCUGGGAUCACAUUAGAAUCCUGAACACAGACCAUGGGGUGACAGGAGAAUCCUGAACACAGACCAUGGGAUCACAGGACAAUCCCUGGGCUCACAGGACAUUCCCUGGGGUCACAGGAGAAUCCUGAACACAGAGCCUGGGCUCACAGGACAUUCCCUGGGGUCUCAGGACAUUCCCUGGGAUCACAGGACAUUCCCUGGGCUCACAGGACAUUCCCUGGGGUCCCAGGACAUUCCCUGGGCUCACAGGACAUUCCCUGGGGUCCCAGGACAUUCCCUGGGAUCACAGGACAUUCCCUGGGCUCACAGGACAUUCCCUGGGGUCCCAGGACAUUCCCUGGGCUCACAGGACAUUCCCUGGGGUCCCAGGACAUUCCCUGGGAUCACAGGACAUUCCCUGGGCUCACAGGACAUUCCCUGGGGUCCCAGGACAUUCCCUGGGCUCACAGGACAUUCCCUGGGCUCACAGGACCAUCCUGAACACACACCCUGAUGCUCCAGGGGCCUCUGCCCAGCUCCCCCAGCUCCUCGCUCUGCCCAAAGCGCUGGGAAGAGGGAACGUGGAAGGGGAAGGAAAGGAACACUAAAUUGCCUGGAGACAGGUGGAUAAAAGGGGUGAAUCCCCACCCCAGCUUGGAGGAAUAACUGCACUUUAUUGGUGUGGGAUAACCUGGGAUCUUCCAGGGAGUGAAGAGCUGCAAUUCCAUUUAUGCUGGUUUUGUUUCUGUUGCCAAUAAUACUCCCAUCACACCCAGCCCAGCCUGCUUUCCUGAUUCAUUUUAAGUGCAGGACAAACUAAAAAGAAAUGUGUGGGUACUUUCCUCGGCAUGAAGCUGUGCCAGGAGCCCCUCCCAGAGAGCUCUGCUCUUAUCUGCCUCCUCCCACCCUCCUGGAAGCAUUAAUCUGCUGCUGCAGCCCAGCCAGGGCCCUGCACACCACAAAGGCCCCCAAAGGAAUUUUGCCCCGGGUUUUUCCAACGUGUAUCCGUCACUGUCAGACACUAAAACCUCUCGCUGAGCACCAGCAGAAGGGAAGGUGACUGAGAGUUCUGGUUUUAGUGCCUUAAAGCAGAAGAGCCCAGGUUAAACCCCACAUCAGCCCCUGUGGGGUCUGGAGUGUCCAAUAAAGCACAAAGAACAAGUGAACCUCUUCUGUACUAAAAAAAAAAAAGGGGUUAUUUGAUUUUUUUCCCCCUGGGUUUGAUACUAAUUGUUUAAAAAAACAAUAAAAAAAGUGGGGUUUUUUUUGGAAGUGCCUGGUUGGAGGGCCCUGGCAGAGCUGAGGUGCCCCAGCCUUUAUAGGAAGAGCCCAGGCCAGCAGCUGCCAAAAGCUUCACCAGGUGUUUCCUUGCAGAACAGAUCUAAUCCCUUGGGAUCAGGCUGCUGACAGGGGAGCUCCAGGGAAGCCUGACUCGUGUAGGCAUUGCCAGGUCAGCACCAGGUUUGCUUUAAUCACCCACACCCACAGCUCACAAAAAGGAACCACCAAACUCAGCCAGAGGACAGAAACAAGGUUAAAACCCCCUGGGAAUAUCUGUGUGUAUUCCUGAAUAAACCCUGCACUGGACUUGUGUCAGGGAGCGUGGUGUUAAAUAUUUUUACACAAACAAUUAAAAAGCAUUUAGUGGGAGUAGCUCCAGGGUUGCUGUCACUGAGCCCUCCCUGUCCCCUUGGCUUGUGAGGUGUAAAAGUGCCCUGUGGCACUGGGAGCCAUUCCCUGGCUCCUGUCCCUCCAUCCCUUGUCCCCAGUCCCUCUGCAGCUCUCCUGGAGCCCCUUCAGGCCCUGCCAGGGGCUCUCAGCUCUCCCUGGAGCUUCUCCUCUCCAGGUGAGCACCCCCAGCUCUCCCAGCCUGGCUUACAUGUUUGAGUUGCAAGUCCAGGCUCAAGCUCCUGGCACUGGGAGUAGUUCCAGGGAUUAGUUCAAGGCCUGACCUCCUAAAGAACCCAACAAAUAUUCCCAAGCUCCUGGGCAAGCAACCUGAGAGGCCUGGACCACAGCCUGCCUUUACUGUGUGGGGCAGGCCUUGUGCAAAGGUGAGCUGCUGUACAAAAUUCACUGUUUGGAGCACCUGAGUGCACUUUUACUGCAGCUUUCUGGAAUUCCAACCAGUGGGAUGGGCUUCCUGCAGCCAGGGCACAAGGGCAGCUCCAAACUGGCCCUGCAGCAAUUCCCACCCAGAGCAGGUGACAAACAGUUCCCAGUUCCCAGCACAGCAUUUCCACUCAGCUCCUGACACCACUGAGGCAGCAGCUUGGAUAUGGGGAGGCUGUAGAAGCCCUGGGAGCCAGGGGAGAGGCAAAUGCUGUAAAAACCACAGAGAACUCGUGAGAAGGACUCACCCCAGCAAAUGGAUCUACAGGGACACUCCAGGGACAUCAAACAUCCUCAGCCUCACUUUCUGUUUCACCCCACUGAGAUGAAACUGGAUUUCAAUAAUUCAUUAAUGGAAACGGCCAUAAAAUGUAAGAGAUAAAUACAUUUUAACUGGGGCAGUAGCAGCCCUAAAACUGGGUGUGAGUCACUGCUAGAAUUUACUGAAAUUUGAAAUUAUUACAAGGUUAAAUCCAUCCAUAUCCCAUAUCCUUUUAAGCAGAGAGGGAAAAAGUCAGGAAAACUCAUUUAUCAGCAAACAGCUUCCCUGGAGACAGUGACACUUGCCCAAGUAGCCAGGUUGCUACAUUGCUCUGACUCAUUUAUUCUUUAUAUCAAGUACAACUGGCGUCAGUUUGUUGGAGUUUUUUUAUUCUAAUAUCAGGAAAUACAUUAAAUACCAACUGGUAUCUCUUACACUGAGCAGCAUGAAAUUAAUUCCAAGGACUGUGGUGCCAGCAAAUGUCCUUUGUGCCAGAGCCAUCACGAGUCAGGAACACUUUGCUUUGCCAUGCACAACCUGCUGAGUGUAGGGACUUGCUUAAAAACCCAUAACCUUUUACCAAAAGAAGAAAAAAAAAAUCUAUUUUAUAUUUACCUGAACAAUAAUAUAAAAUGUUUAAAAUCAGCUCUUAUCCCAGCAGGGCCCCUGCUCUGGGAUGGGCUCUGUCCUGUUUGCUCACUAAGUGUUCCCUGAAGCCCCGGACACGGGUGGAGCUUUGGAAGAGGAGGAAGCUGAUGGGCAAGGCAGGGAUGUGGAGGAGAAAGCCUGGAGCUUGCAGCAGGAAAGCCUGGCAGCCUGCCAUUCCCUUUGAAAUGAUGGGUGCUGUCCUAUGCACUUAUCCACAAGCGUGUCCUGGCCACGGAGGAGCUUCGGACAGAGCCUGCAAUUGUCUCACUUCCACCAGUUUGGGAAGCAAACCAAGGACAAAGGACUGGGAAUUAUCUACAGACAAGAACCACAUGGCAACUAUGGACCGAGCCAGCAGGGAGCUCAGCCCCACAGCUCUUCUGUUCUCCCAAACUUGUAGAUCAGGGUGCUGA